AGAGACAGAAGACUAGUCUGUCAGCGCAGAACACACACACACACACACACCGACACACACACACACACUCACUGUCUGUCUGUCGGGAACAAACACGUACCAAACCAACCGCUCACACACACUCCUAGGACAUGAACACUCUCAUCCUCUCCUCUCUGCUGUGUUUGGUUUUCAGCGCUCUAGGUGUCCUGGGAUCCGCAGUGACGUUCUCUGCGGGGCUGAGCCAUGUGACGGGGGCAUUGGCCUCAGGGGAAGGGGAGGAGCUACAGAGCUCUCUGGGCGAUGAGGAGGAACUGGAUCUUGAAGAAGAUCUGUCGGGAGGAACACCUACAGACGGCUCACCCCAACCAGUGCCGCGUCACAGUAAGGACCACAAAGAAAAGGGGAGAGGUCCGAGAGUGAAAAGUAAAAAAGUAAAGAAGAAAAAGAAGACAAGAACCUCCACAGCCUUCAACCCUGAACACACGUUAGCAGGACAGACGUUAGCAGGACAGACGUUAGCAGGACAGACGUUAGCAGGACAGACGUUAGCAGGACAGACGUUAGCAGGACAGACGUUAGCAGGACAGACGUCAGAGUUCCCGGCCGCACACACACACCAGACGUCAGGGCGUGUCACAGAGGACCCUUGUAGCUUUUCCCACAAGGGCUACUGUAUCCAUGGGCUCUGCAAGUACAUGGCAGACCUGAGAGAGCCAGUGUGUAUGUGUAAUAAAGGAUACGACGGUGAGCGCUGUGGGAUCCUGCUCCUACCUACGACGAACAAGGAGGAGAGCGGCAGAGCAGAGGUGGUUCAGACGGUCCUGGUUGUUAUAGCUGUGGUCCUCUCGUGCGUCAGCUGCCUCGCCAUACUGCUCAUGGCCUGCACACAUUACAGAACUCAUCAGAACUUUCUGGCUACCUAUCUUGGCUCUGGCAGUGAGAAACAGCUCCAGAAAACCACACCCUGUGACAUCACAGUGUGACCAUCAACAGAGAACUUAAACGUCUGGAACCAUGAGAACCGGGACAACCAGAGGAGAAACCGGUUCUGGCUCCUACCCAGCGGAAUUUUCUGUAGGAGAACCAGCGUAGAACCUCCUUGACGAACCAGCAUAGAACCGCCUUAAAAAAACAGCAUAGAACCGCCUUGACGAACCAGCAUAGAACCGCCUUGUUAUUCUAAUUUAUUGGAUUAUUUAUUGGUGACAGAGUGUUGUUUUAUUAGAUAUGAUUGGACUGCGAUGUUGAGCAUCAUGUUCCCAUUACGUUAUUGUUUAUUUAUUAUUAUUAUUAUUAUUAUUAUUAUUAUAUUAUUAUUAUAUUAUUAACCGGACUGUUCCUAGGUCAGAUCUACUGUAUUGGACAUAGAUGGAAUCUAUCUGUUCACAAAUAAAGUCCUCCCACUCUGUUAAGAAAA